UGUCAAAUUUGACGUUUGACAGAAAAGCGGUCAACAGCGUGCUUUGCAAUGUUUUUAUUAUUUUUCCAUUAAAUUAUUGUAUUAAAUAAUUAAAAAUGGCUAGUAAAAUUCAUAGGGUGCGGUAUUACAACCCUACUCCUCAAAUAAUUAACAGCAUUUCUUACAAUAAAACAAGUAAAAACAUUGCUGUGGCGAGGGCAGAUGCUUCCAUUGAAAUCUGGGAUUUGAACUACGCGCCUUACUUGGUGAAAUUCAUCCCGGGCGUAGAAGAUGGAUCGGUGGAAGCCCUUGGCUGGGUUAACGAUAGAUUGUUGUCUACUGGACUUGGCGGUGCGCUGGUGGAGUGGGACCUCGAUAAGCUAAAUGUCAAACAAACUGUGCUGCUUACUGGAUAUGCAGCAUGGUGUUUAGACGUGAACUCAUCCAACACUUUAGUGGCCGUGGGAACAGAGCAAGGUUAUGUCAAUUUAUACAGUGUUGAAAACGAUGAAAUUGUGUACAAAAAGCUGUUUGACAAGCAAGAGGGCAGGAUAAUGUGCUGUAAAUUUGAUAAAACUGGAAGCAUACUAGUAACAGGAUCCAUAGACACAAUAAGGGUAUGGAAUGUAGAGACAGGGCAUGCCACUAGCCGUAUGCUGGCCAGUCGGCGAGGCAAGGAAACCAUCGUGUGGUGUUUGGCGGUUCUCUCUGAUAACAUUGUAGUUUCUGGUGACAGCCAUGGUAGACUUACAUUUUGGGACAGAAAGUUGGGAGAGCAGAUUGAGUCCUACACUACUCACAAAGCAGACAUACUAUGUAUAGAGGUAUCAGAAGACGAAAGCAGUCUGUACUGCAGUGGAGUAGACCCUGUUAUUACUAACUUUAUCAAAGUAAACAAUAACACUAGUAAACAUCCUACAUUACAGUGGGUUAAGAAUGUCCAAAGGAAUAUUCAUGAACAUGAUGUUAGGGUAUUAGCAUUGAAUGAUGACAGACUUGUGUCUGUAGGAGCUGAUGGCUACAUCACACUUUCCAGUUACCCCCCUAAAUGGGUAAUGAGGAUACCACCCAUGAUACCUGGCCCUAGGUCAGCGGUCUGUGCUAAGAAAAAACUUUUACUGUUAAGAUAUAGUAAUCACUUAGAAGUAUGGAAACUUGGCUCAUAUGCCACAACAAACAAUGGAAAAGUAGUUUUUUCAAACCAAAGCACAAAAAAUGUUGAACAAACAGAUAGCAACAGUCAGCUUGAGAAGGACACUCCAAUUGCUAUUUUAAAUAAUGCUUAUAAUCAGAACAACAAAAAUAAGAAUUUAAAGCUAACAGACAACCCAGUGAAAUUGGUUUCAGUUCAGACCAAAGGCAAAAAACAGAUGAAAUGCUGUGAACUAUCACCAAGUGGAGAGUUCAUAGUUUAUUCAACAGAAAAUACAGUGAGAAUGCUGAAAUUAGAUACUGAUGAAGAUCAACAGAACACGUCACUAUCAAAAGUACUGAUCAACGGCGUGUCGUCGUCCUGCGACCGCAUCGCGUUUACAGAGGAUUCCCGCACAAUGGCUCUGCACUGCGCGGGCAGUAUCCUGGUCUUACAGGUGGACCCGCAAGCUGGCGCCACUGUCGUUCAGACGAUUUCUACCACCAAGCAUCUAAAAGCCUCAUCAAUACUACAUCUUCACAUAUCGAAGAAAACUUCGUCAGGAGCGAUAUAUUUGGUAGCGGCCGACACGCAAGGCGCCAUCGCUGUGUGGACUAAAGCGAAGAAGAAAUAUGAGCAUUACGUCACAUUACCGAAGUAUAAGUGUGUUCCUUCGGCGCUAACAGUCGACAGUAAACAAGAAAGUCUCGUAGUAGUUUACGUAGAUCAAAAGAUCGUCGAGUACGAGUUAAUUACAAAGAAGUUCGCCGAGUGGGUGAAUACGGCCCUACCUCCGGCGUGGCUGUCGCGCGAGGCGGCCGCAUCGUCUGUGGCGCCGCACCCCGCCCGCGAGGCAUUGGUUAUCGCCGAUAAUACAUCUCUGUGGGUGCUGGAGAGAAAACAGUUUCAGGAACCGACAGAGCCAGCAUCUAAAAAGAAACCAAAUUCGGGCCAGAAUGUGGGCUUGAAAAUUGUACCCAUAAAGUACUUGGCUGGUUUCCAUUGGGUAGGCGACGACGAGGCAGUGAUAGUGGAAGUACUCCCGGAGAACAUAGUCUCACAGCUACCACCAGUGAUAUCCAGAAAAUUCUUAAGAUUCCUGAAAGCCCUCUCCAAGUUGUCCCUGCUUAGCGGCAUGACCUCCAACUGGUGCGGGCGGGACCACAUCUCUUCUGGUAUCUCGGCCUUCGCUGGUGGAAUGUUAUAUGAAAUAGGAUCGCCAUCGACGCUUCUACAAUUGUUUUUUUCCCACAGAUAUAGUAAUCACUUAGAAGUAUGGAAACUUGGCUCAUAUGCCACAACAAACAAUGGAAAAGUAGUUUUUUCAAACCAAAGCACAAAAAAUGUUGAACAAACAGAUAGCAAUAGUCAGCUUGAGAAGGACACUCCAAUUGCUAUUUUAAAUAAUGCUUAUAAUCAGAACAACAAAAAUAAGAAUUUAAAGCUAACAGACAACCCAGUGAAAUUGGUUUCAGUUCAGACCAAAGGCAAAAAACAGAUGAAAUGCUGUGAGCUAUCACCAAGUGGAGAGUUCAUAGUUUAUUCAACAGAAAAUACAGUGAGAAUGCUGAAAUUAGAUACUGAUGAAGAUCAACAGAACACGUCACUAUCAAAAGUACUGAUCAACGGCGUGUCGUCAUCCUGCGACCGCAUCGCGUUUACAGAGGAUUCCCGCACAAUGGCUCUGCACUGCGCGGGCAGUAUCCUGGUCUUACAGGUGGACCCGCAAGCUGGCGCCACUGUCGUUCAGACGAUUUCUACCACCAAGCAUCUGAAAGCCUCAUCAAUACUACAUCUUCACAUAUCGAAGAAAACUUCGUCAGGAGCGAUAUAUUUGGUAGCAGCAGACACGCAAGGCGCCAUCGCUGUGUGGACAAAAGCGAAGAAGAAAUAUGAGCAUUACGUCACAUUGCCGAAGUAUAAGUGUGUACCUUCGGCGCUAACAGUCGACAGUAAACAAGAAAGUCUUGUAGUGGUCUAUGUAGAUCAAAAGAUCGUCGAGUACGAGUUAAUUACAAAGAAGUUCGCCGAGUGGGUGAAUACGGCCCUGCCUCCGGCGUGGCUGUCGCGCGAGGCGGCCGCAUCGUCUGUGGCGCCGCACCCCGCCCGCGAGGCGUUGGUCAUCGCGGAUAACACGUCUCUGUGGGUGCUGGAGAGAAAACAGGUAUACCGAGCAGUGAUGCAGCACCCGGCUCGAAAGGCGCUGGUUAUCGCAGACAACACGUCUCUGUGGGUGCUGGAGAGAAAACAGUUUCAGGAACCGACAGAGCCAGCAUCUAAAAAGAAACCAAAUUCGGGCCAGAAUGUGGGCUUGAAAAUUGUACCCAUAAAGUACUUGGCUGGUUUCCAUUGGGUAGGCGACGACGAGGCAGUGAUAGUGGAAGUACUCCCGGAGAACAUAGUCUCGCAGCUACCACCAGUGAUAUCCAGAAAAUAAUUAUAAGGGGAAAAGCUAUAUUAAUGAAAAUACUUGUUUGUACACAAUAAAUCGUUUAUUUUACUUAU